AUGAUUUUGAGGAUCAUGUCUGGUUGGGAUGCCUACAUCACUACAAUGACGGACGCGUCGCCGGCGAUUAAACGUGCCGCUAUCGUAGGCAGUGCUGACGGUUCUGUCUGGGCUCGUACUCAGAAUGGAAAUACAUUUGCGGCAACGGACGCUGAACUCAAAAAAUUCGUUUCACUUUUUGAUAACCUAGCCGAUGUCCCAGCCCAUGGCGUAGAUCUCGAAGACGUCCACUAUAUUGUGCCUCGUACGGAGGAAAACCUCAUCUUCGGCAAAAAGGACAAAAGCGGUUUUUUCGCCGCAAAAACCAAAUCUGCCGUUCUGAUUGCUGUCUACGAAGGUGAAAACCAGGUAUCCGCACAAGUUCGCACUUCUGUCGAGAAGCUGGCCAAGUAUCUAGAGGAGAUUGGCUAUUAG